AUGACCGUCAAGACCGUCGCCGACCUCCCCACCCUCUCCCUCCUCUACAAGGCGAACCAGAUCGACCUGACCCCUCCCUCGACCGCCCGCCCACCCCCGACGACCGUCUCCUAUCCCUCCUUGCAGCCGAUCAAGCCCUCCAAGGCCCUCAACGACAAGAUCUCGCUCUACCGCGGCGACAUCACCACCCUCGCCGUCGACGCCAUCGUCAAUGCCGCCAACACCUCUCUCCUCGGCGGCGGCGGCGUCGACGGCGCCAUCCACCGCGCCGCCGGGCCCCAGCUCUACCAGGAGUGCAAGACUCUUGGCGGCUGUGCCACGGGCGGCGCCAAGAUUACCGACGCCUACCGCCUGCCUUGCAAGAAGGUGAUCCACGCCGUGGGGCCCGUCUACAACGUGAUCGACCCGGGCGUGAGCGAGGAGGACCUGACGAGCUGCUACGCCACCGCCCUCGAGCUGGCGAUUGACAACUCGUGCCGCAGCAUCGCCUUCAGCGCCAUCAGCACCGGUGUCUACGGGUACCCCAGCAGGGAGGCUGCGCCGGUGGCCAUCACGGCCGUGAAGCGCUUCCUCGAGAGCGAUAUGGGCACAAACCUGGACCUGGUGGUGUUUGUGGUCUUUGAGAAGAAGGACCUGGAUGCCUACCACAAGUACCUCCCAGUCUAUCUUCCUCCCGUCCCUGAAGGCGGUGCAAAGACCGGCCCCCUCCAAAACCCCGACAGUGCCGACCCCACGGAUGCUGAUGAGGAGGCGGCCGAGGCCAAGACUGUGGCGAGCGAGUUGCCCGACGUUCCCAAGUCGGACCCAGAUGGAGAGGGCCGGGUGGAGAAGAAGCAGCGGCAGGAGUAG